AAACCCUAAUUUUCGGCUUCUUUAUGUUUCACUAGGCAAGUCGUUCGUCGCGCUGCAGCCUCUGAAAGAAGAAGCACCAGGACGAAGCCGCUCGCCCUUUGCCGUCAAAAUGUCGUUGGUAGCGAACGAGGAAUUCCAGCACAUAUUGCGUGUGCUCAACACAAAUGUUGAUGGGAAGCAGAAGAUUAUGUUCGCUCUUACCUCCAUCAAAGGUAUUGGAAGGCGUUUCGCUAACAUUGUCUGCAAAAAAGCCGAUGUGGACAUGAACAAAAGGGCUGGUGAAUUGACUGCUGCUGAGCUGGACAAUCUCAUGGUGGUUGUUGCCAACCCACGACAGUUCAAAAUUCCCGACUGGUUUUUAAACAGACAGAAGGAUUACAAGGAUGGCAAGUACUCGCAGGUCGUAUCCAAUGCUCUUGACAUGAAGCUGAGAGAUGACUUGGAGCGUUUGAAGAAGAUCAGGAACCACCGUGGUCUGAGGCACUACUGGGGUCUCCGUGUCCGUGGUCAGCACACUAAGACUACUGGUCGCCGAGGGAAGACUGUUGGUGUCUCUAAGAAGCGUUAAAAUCCUUCUCCCUUCUUUUUGCAAGUGAUUUUAUGUUGGAUGGAUGCAAUAGAUUAAUAUAAUUAGUCUUUGAGAUUGGCUUGGACCUUAUUUUAAUUUGGCUGGGUUUUUAAAACCUCUGCCAGGUUAUAUUUCAUAUCGGUCAUUCAUUUUUGCUCGUUAUAAUAGAGAUUGAAAACCCAGUUGAGCUUUUUUUCCUUUAAUUUGUCUAUUAUGUUCCCCAUCUGCUUUGCAGUGUUUUUCUCCCUUUGUUGUGUGGGUUUUGUGUUUGUCUUUGUCUGAGAAUACUUUGGCUCGUUAUGGCUGGUCUUGUGCGAGUGAUAGAUCAAUCUAUUAUACUUGGGAAGUUCGAUUGCAA